CGCUCAGUUGUCGUCGGAUGAGAAACAUUGGCGAUGUUAAAGAUGCGGAUUAGCGGACAAAAGGCCUCGCGAGCGGCAGGUGACGCGACGCGCGCAGGUGAAACCGCGGAGAGACGCGCGCACUAAUAACGCAAGGGGAGUCGAUGUUAGUUUUGGGGCCGCAGUCGAGCGUGAUCAUCCGCGUCCGUUAACGUUAGUCUGGCCUUUCUUCUUCGUCUCCCGCGCGGACCGGAUUCGGUGUGAACGCGCGCGGCGUUUGAUGUCAUUCGCGAUGGAGGACGCGGUCGAGUCCGGUUGGGUGUCGGUGAGACCGAACGUGUUCGAGGAGAAAGAGAAGCACAAGUUCGUCUUUAUCGUCGCCUGGAACGAGAUCGAAGGAAAGUUCGCGGUCACGUGUCACAACCGGACGGUGCAGAAGCGCAGCGCCGAGAGGGACUCUCUGCUGGAGGCGGCCGAGGGCGAGCUGGCGGCGGCGACGGACACGGACAGACGCACCGCGCGGCCUCCGCACCCCAGUCCGGGCCGAGAGCGCAGCGGCGGGCAGAGCAGCCCGAGCACAGCCGCCGAGCUGGAGCUGCUGGACUCGGCGGAGGACGCGGAGCUGAGCGCGCGGCAGGACUCCAGCUGGGCCGGCCUGUUCUCCUUCCAGGACCUGCGCGCCGCUCACCUGCAGCUGUGCGCCGUGAACGCGGACCUGGAGCCCUGCCUGCCCGCGCUGCCGGAGGAGCAGACCGGCGUUUGGUCGGUGCUGUUCGGCGUGCCAGAGAUGAGCGCGCGCGACACGGACGCGCUGUGCUUCCAACUGCAGGUGUACCUGGGCCACGCGCUCGACACCUGCGGCUGGAAGAUCCUCUCUCAGGUGCUGUUCCCGGACAGCGAGGACGCGGAGGAAUACUACGAGAGUCUGAGCGAGCUGCGGCAGAAGGGCUACGAGGACGCGCUGCAGAGAGCCAAGAGACGCCUGCAGCAGCUCCUGGAGCAGCAGCGUGCAGUGGAGCGUAUGGUGGAGCUGCUGCAGCUGUACAGUGAGCAGGACGAGGCGUACGGAGAGCUGGUGGAGGCCACGACCGAGCUCUACCAUUACCUGCUGCAGCCCUUCAGAGACAUGCGGGAGCUGGCCAUGCUGCGCAGACAGCAGAUCAAGAUCUCUCUGGAGACGGAGCGUCUGGGCCCGCGGCGCGUGGAGUCUCUGCGCAGAGAAGAUGAAGACUGGCAGAGGAAAGCACACACUGCUGUACUGUCCAUACAGGACCUGACCGUCAAAUACUUCGAGACCACUGCACGUGCUCAGAAGGUGAUGUACGAGCGCAUGCGUGCAGACCAGAGGAAGUUCGGGAAGGCAGCGUGGGGAGCGGCGGUGGAGCGGAUGGAGAGACUGCAGUACGCCGUCUCUAAAGAGACUCUACAGCUGAUGAGGGCCAAAGAGAUCUGCCUGGAGCAGCGCAAACACGGCCUGCGUGAAGAGAUGCAGGGUCUUCAGGGUGGCGAGGAUGCGAUGGUGCGUCUGGACCAGCUGGAGGCGCUGUACUAUGAGCUCCAGUUGCAGCUCUACGAGAUCCAGUUCGAGAUCCUGAAGAACGAGGAGCUGCUGCUGACGGCACAACUGCAGAGCCUGCGCAGACAGAUGAGUGAGAGGCAGGAGGAGGUGGUUUACUACGACACCUUCGAGAGUCCGGACGCCAUGAGGGCCACGGAGGAUCCAGCGCAGCCGCAGACGCCUCGAGACGACAUCAGCAAACUGCAGCAGCGCACACGCCAGCUGGAGGCGCGCAGGGGACGCAUCACUGCCAAGAAAGCCUACCUCAAGAACAAGAAGGAGAUCUGCAUCAUCAACCACACACAGAAGCUGCAGCAGCGUCAGGCCGGAGCUCACGGCGUUUCCCAGCAGCCUCUGCUUCAGGAUGAAGAGGACGAGGAGGAGCAGCGUCUGUCCAGAGUCAGUCAGGAGAGGCAGAGAACACUGGACCGACUGCGCAGCUUCAAACAGCGUUAUCCAGGUCAGGUGACUCUGAAGUCGACUCGUCUGCGUCUGGCGUUCUCCAGGAAGAAGGCGCUGCGGGCGGAGCAGAUGCAGACGCAGCCGCAGACGCAGGCCGCUAGCGUUCAGACGGACGACGCUCCGGCUCCUCUUGAACAUCUGUCUGCGGUGCCGGAGCUGUGCAGACCCGACAGCUUCAUGUCCCUCCCCCCGAUGGGCGGAGCUGUCGCAGAGGCCCCGCCCCCACCUGCGCUCGCAUCACUUCCUUCAACCCGAGAGCUGCUGCUGCUGGACUCCUCCACGUCCCCCAUGUCUCCGCCCCCACCGCCGCCUCCUCCGCCCCCACCGCCGCCCCCUGCAUUGGAGGACACGCCCCCUAGGAGCCCGCCGGAGCCCCAGAGUCCCCUCGGGCCCUUCAGCGCACGCUUCUUUGACAGCAGCCAACUGCUGAACGCACGCAAGAAACUGAGGAAGACGGCCUCACUGGAGUCCAGCCAGUGGAGGAGAGCGAGCUCCCCCAUGGACGAGGUUCUGGCCAGUCUCAAGCGGGGCAGUUUCCACCUGCGGAAGGCUGAGCUGCGGGUUCUGGCUCCGGAUCCGGACGAGGACGACGGGAACAACAUCCUGGCUCAGAUCCGCAAGGGAGUGAAGCUGCGGAAGGUGCGGCGGCAGGAGCGCAGCGCUAGAGCCAUCAUGGCGGAUUCAGCAGAUCCACUGACGCGCAGCAUCCACGAGGCCCUGCGGCGCAUUAAAGAGGCGUCGCCCGAGUCUGAGUCUGAGGACGACACGCCCACUGCCACCGACUGGGAGAGCUGAGACACACACACACACACACACACACACACACACACACACUCUCUCCUGCAUCUGUGUGUAUUUUACAGUCCAUACACACACACACACACACACACAC